AAUGGAUAAGAAAGAAAGAGGGCGCUAAGACUCUCUCUCUCUUCUUCUUCUUCUUCUUCUUCUCUCUGCCAUAGCAAUGUCAGUCACAGCUCUAACUCCUUCAACUUCAAUCCCUCACCUCCGAUCUUCUCUUCUUCCUUUUUCCAGAUUCCGUCCUCUUCUCAUCUUUUCCUCUCCCCCCUUCUCCUCAAAACCCCAUCUCUCUCGCAGAAUUCGCCAUUGCAUUCGCGCUUCUUCAAAUGGAGCUGUAGCUGCCGCUGACCAGCCAGAAACAGCUUCCUAUGGUCGACAGUACUUCCCUCUUGCUGCAGUUGUUGGCCAAGAUGCUAUUAAAACUGCUCUUUUGCUUGGAGCUAUUGACCGGGAAAUUGGCGGCAUUGCCAUUUCGGGAAAGAGAGGAACGGCCAAGACAGUUAUGGCUCGUGGAUUACACGCGGUCUUGCCACCUAUUGAAGUGGUUGUUGGGUCAAUUUCGAAUGCUGAUCCAUCAUGUCCAGAAGAAUGGGAGGACGGGCUUGCUGAUCGUGUUGAAUAUGACUCUGCUGGUAACAUCAAAACCCAGAUUGUUAAGACCCCUUUUAUUCAGAUUCCACUUGGGGUUACAGAGGACAGGCUCAUUGGAUCCGUUGAUGUUGAAGAAUCCGUAAAGACUGGAACGACUGUGUUCCAGCCUGGUCUUCUUGCCGAAGCUCAUAGAGGAGUUUUGUACGUUGAUGAAAUCAAUCUUUUGGACGAGGGUAUUAGUAACUUGCUGCUUAAUGUAUUGACCGAAGGUGUCAAUAUUGUUGAAAGAGAAGGAAUCAGUUUUAGGCAUCCAUGCAAACCACUUUUAAUUGCUACCUAUAACCCAGAAGAGGGCGCUGUUCGUGAACACUUGCUUGACAGAAUUGCACUUAAUUUGAGUGCAGAUCUACCUAUGAGUUUUGAAGAUCGUGUUGCAGCUGUAGGAAUUGCUACACAAUUUCAAGAACAGAGUAAGGAAGUUCUGAAAAUGGUCGAGGAUGAAAUAGAGUUCGCGAAAACUCAGAUAAUUUUGUCAAGAGAAUAUUUGAAAGAUGUUACAAUCGGCCGGGAGCAAUUAAAGUACCUUGUCUUGGAAGCUAUUCGAGGUGGUUGCCAGGGACACAGAGCUGAGCUAUAUGCAGCACGUGUUGCAAAGUGCCUGGCUGCUCUUGAGGGGAGGGAAAAAGUCUACGCCGAUGACCUGAAAAAAGCUGUUGAACUAGUCAUUCUACCUCGUUCAACAAUCAAUGAAAAUCCACCAGAUCAGCAAAAUCAACAGCCUCCGCCACCUCCACCACCUCCACAAAAUCAAGAAUCUGGGGAAGAGGAGAAUGAAGAGGAAGAAGAACAAGAGGAAGACGAUGAUAAAGAGAAUGAACAGCAGGAGCAAUUACCUGAAGAAUUCAUUUUUGAUGCUGAAGGAGGUUUGGUAGAUGAGAAACUUCUUUUCUUUGCUCAACAAGCACAAAGACGCAGAGGCAAGGCUGGGCGGGCAAAAAAUGUUAUCUUUUCGGAGGACAGAGGACGUUAUAUUAAACCAAUGCUUCCAAAGGGGCCUGUUAAGAGGCUAGCAGUUGAUGCAACCCUUAGAGCAGCUGCUCCAUAUCAAAAGUUGCGAAAGGCAAAAGAUGUUCAAAAUAACAGGAAAGUUUUUGUCGAGAAGAGUGACAUGAGAGCAAAGCGAAUGGCUAGGAAAGCAGGAGCAUUGGUAAUAUUUGUAGUUGAUGCCAGUGGGAGCAUGGCAUUGAAUCGUAUGCAAAAUGCAAAAGGUGCAGCACUCAAGUUACUGGCAGAAAGCUAUACAAGCAGGGAUCAGGUUUCUAUCAUUCCUUUCCGUGGAGAUUGUGCCGAAGUUCUUCUGCCUCCUUCGAGAUCUAUUGCAAUGGCGAGAAAACGCCUCGAAAGACUUCCUUGUGGUGGAGGAUCUCCCCUGGCUCAUGGUCUUACCACAGCUGUCAGGGUUGGAUUAAAUGCUGAGAAAAGUGGCGAUGUAGGAAGAGUGAUGAUUGUCGCAAUUACUGAUGGCAGAGCCAACAUAUCACUAAAAAAAUCCACUGAUCCUGAAGCGGCAGCUGCUGCUGAUGCUCCUAAACCUUCAGCACAAGAAUUGAAGGAUGAGAUUCUUGAAGUGGCUGGGAAAAUAUACAAAUCAGGAAUGUCUCUCCUCGUCAUUGAUACCGAAAAUAAGUUCGUGUCAACUGGUUUCGCCAAGGAGAUUGCUAGAGUAGCUCAAGGAAAAUACUAUUACUUACCUAAUGCCUCAGAUGCUGUCAUCUCUGCUGCGACAAAGGACGCCCUUUCGGCAUUAAAGAGCUCCUAAAAUGACUGCAUUGGUUGGUUUCUUGUUCACUAAUUUUGUUGACACGAAAACAGGUUUCUCCCUGCAGUGUAAAAAAUACUUAUUUUUUGGCAAUGUUGUAAAAGGGCAGAUCUUUUUGUUAGGGAAUCCACUCCAUUUAAAUGUUGUAUUUCAAGGGUUAUUUCAAUCAAUGAGUGAAAGAGCCACCUGCUUCUUCUAA